AUGUACGACCCCUGGAUUCCGACCGUGAUGACCUCGAGGGCUAGUUCCUUCUCGAGUGAUGACGAAUCAACCGGCACCACGGCCUCUUCUCAGCUGGAGACCAGCUCUGGAAAUUUCCCCUCCGUCAACACCUGCAACGAUGAUAUCUGGCUAGCGCAUAUGCCGCACUUCCUAGACCUCAACAAGCGGCACAUCGCACAGCCCGAGAGAUACAUCACCGAGAACCCCCCACGCCAUUCAUCAUACUCUCCAUCGAAUCUUGGCAGCUCGCAAUUAUGUCUGGCCGUCCAACUGGCCCAGCAACCGAUCAACCAAGGCCUGGGUGAUCACAUCGCAAUAGUCCUCGAAGUCCACGACCACCCAGAUUUGUUCGAGGAGGCCAUUGUCAACAACCUAUCAUGUGAGGUUGCCCGGGUCCUGUGGGGCAUGGAGAUGAAUGACUGCCCUUACCUGAGAGCUGCGAAUAUGAUAUGA